AUGCACCAAACUCUGUUCAAAGUUCUAUUGAGCUUACUCUGGAAUUACUGGCUUUUAAUGGAUUAUGCUAAGGCAGGUAUGGGGGACAACCAUGUCCACUCGAGUUUUAUUUAUCGAAGAUUGCGGAACCAUGAGAGGCGAGAGAUCCAAAGGGAAAUUCUUUCCAUCCUGGGUUUACCUCAUAGACCCAGGCCAUUUUCAGCUGGAAAACAAGCUUCCUCGGCACCCCUCUUUAUGCUGGAUCUCUACAAUGCAAUGACAAAUGAAGAGGAUCCUGAAGAGUUGGAAUAUUUGGUGAGGGGAUCAUCCCCAAGCGGAGAGGGCAAAGGGCUACGGAAGGGCUACUUGGCAUCUCCAAAUGGGUACUCCCGAAGAAUAUACAUAUCACGGACAAGUUCACUGCCUACACAAAGUCCCACCUUAGCUAGCCUGCACGACACCAACUUUCUGAAUGAUGCAGAUAUGGUCAUGAGCUUUGUCAAUUUAGUGGAAAGAGACAAGGAUUUUUCUCACCAACGACGGCACUACAAGGAAUUCCGAUUUGAUUUGACUCAGAUCCCUCAUGGAGAAGCAGUGACAGCAGCAGAAUUUCGGAUUUACAAGGAUCGGAGUUACAGUCGAUUUGAGAAUGAAACAAUUAAGAUUAGCAUUUAUCAGAUCAUCAAGGAAUAUCCAAACAGGGAUGCGGACCUGUUCCUAUUAGAUACAAAACGAGCUCAAGCUCCUGAUAUUGGCUGGCUUGUGUUUGAUAUCACUGUCACCAGUAACCACUGGGUGAUUGACCCACAAAAUAAUUUAGGUUUGCAGCUCUGUGCAGAGAUGGCAGAUGGUCGCAGUAUCAGUGUGAAAGCAGCUGGUCUUAUAGGCAGGCAUGGUCCUCAGUCAAAGCAACCAUUCAUGGUUGCCUUCUUUAAAGCAAGCGAAGUCCUUUUUCGAUCUGUCCGAGCUGCUAACCAUAAGAAAAAAAACCAGAAUCGCAGCAAGUCCAGCAGCUCACAAAAUACUUCAAGAAUGUCAAGUGUUGCAGAUUAUAACACAAGUGAACAGAAGCAAGCCUGCAGAAAACACGAACUCUAUGUGAGCUUUCGAGACCUUGGGUGGCAGGAUUGGAUUAUAGCUCCAGAGGGUUAUGCUGCAUUUUAUUGUGAUGGAGAAUGUUCAUUUCCUCUCAAUGCUCACAUGAACGCCACAAAUCAUGCCAUAGUACAGACGCUGGUCCACUUGAUGUUUCCUGAUCACGUCCCAAAGCCUUGUUGUGCUCCAACCAAACUGAAUGCCAUCUCUGUCCUCUAUUUUGACGACAGUUCCAAUGUUAUUUUGAAAAAGUAUAGGAACAUGGUGGUACGAUCAUGUGGUUGCCACUAGGAUUCAAUUGCAAAAAACAGAGCCCCGCAAA